GGAAGAAGCAAUUUAAAGCAGAUGGGCAGUGGGUGAUCUCACUGUUUCUUCCUUCUAUUCCUCUCCCCUUCCCUCCCCCUCCCUUCUUCUCAGGCCUCUUUCCUCUUUCUCCUUUAUGUCCCUCAUCCUUCUCUCUGCCCCUUCCCCUCUGAAUCUACCCCUCCUCCCCUUCUUGAUUUUCUCUGCUCUAGCCAGCUGGUUCCCUGUUUUUCUCUCUUUGCCCAUGUUUCUGUCCCUCUAUUUUCUUUUCUUCUUCCAGGUUCCUUCUUUUUCAUUUUUUCAUCCCUGAGUGUGUCUCCUUGUCUUUCUCUCCUCUUCUUCUUUCUUUAUUCUUGGUCUCUAGGUGUCUCUGUCUCCCCUUGCCUUUCUCUCCAGGUCGUUCUGUCUUCCCUUUUUCUUAUUCCUGAGCUCUAGAUUUCUCUAUGUCUCCUUGCAUUCUCUUUGUCUCUGGGUGUCUCUGUCUCUCUUAAUCUUUCUCUUCAUCUCUUUCUCUCUCCCCCACCCAGCUCCCCCAUUCUUGUUCUUGAGCCCAGAGUCUGUUUCUCCGUGUCUUUUUAUUCUUCUCUGUGUGUAUGUCGUUGUCUUUCUCUCUGGGUCUUUUUCUCCCUCUCUCACUUUCUCGGCUUCUGCCUCUGCUUGCUCUGCGCCUCCCUCCCCAGCUCGCCUGCUCUCUCUGCUCUGCUCUGCUCUGCUCUCCGCCCUGCCUGCCCGAGCAGCCGGUUCAUGGGGAAUGUGAAUGAUUGUCCUGAGGGACAUUUGAUGGAUUAGAGAGCUAAACAGUUCCAUUGCGAGAGGACCACCUGAUCUCCAGCCUGCGUCCCAUAUAAAGCCGGCAGCCGGACUGCUGAGCUCAGCGAGUGUGCCAGGCAGAGCCGCCUCCCCUCCCCUCCCCUCCCCUCCUCUCCGCCCGGGCCCUCCCUGCCUCGCUGCCUGGGGACCGCAUGCGGGUAGCGCAGGGAGCUGUCCAGUGCUGAAGAGCCCGCUCUGUGAGGCAACAGCGUGCACUUCCCUUCAAGCCUGCAACCCCCACACCCCCAAGCUUUCCCCCCUCCCCUUCCAGGGCCCCAGUGAAGUUCCCCGCCGGGCCGGCUCCGGCUCCGGCUCAGCACAGCACCAUGCCCCGCUCCUUCUUGGUGAAGAAGAUCAAAGCAGACGCCUUCCAGUGUAGCAGCGUCCCAGCUCCCAGCUACCACCCCCUGGGAUCUGCAUAUGUGUUGCCGGGCUCCAGGGGGGCAGCCGGCCCCGCCGGGGACAGCGGCUAUGCCCCACACUGCCUUCCGCCCCCCAGCUAUGACGCCGAAAAGAAACCGGGGCUGGAGCUGGCGCCGUCGGAGGCUGCAUACCCACCGGCGACUGAGGAGUACAGCGACCCCGAAAGCCCGCAGUCGAGCCUGUCGGCGCGCUACUUCCGAGGAGAGGCAGCGGUGACGGACAGCUACUCCAUGGAUGCCUUCUUCAUUUCAGACGGGCGCUCCCGGCGGCGCGGGACUGGGGAUGCCCGGGGGGCGGGGGGUGGGAACGGGGCCGGGGGAACUGGGGGUGGAAGUGGCGGGCACCGACAUUCCUGUGGUGAGUGCGGCAAAACGUACGCCACUUCAUCCAACCUAAGCCGGCAUAAGCAGACGCACCGCAGCCUGGACAGCAAGCUGGCCCGCAAGUGUCCGACGUGCGGCAAGGCCUACGUAUCCAUGCCGGCUUUGGCCAUGCACGUGCUCACACACAAUUUGCGCCACAAAUGCGGUGUGUGUGGCAAGGCUUUCUCACGGCCCUGGCUGCUGCAGGGCCAUAUGCGUUCGCACACGGGUGAAAAGCCCUUUGGCUGCUCGCACUGUGGCAAAGCGUUCGCCGACCGCUCCAAUCUACGAGCGCACAUGCAAACGCACUCGGCCUUCAAGCACUAUAAGUGCCGCCAGUGUGAGAAGACCUUCGCGCUCAAGUCCUACCUCAACAAGCACUGCGAAGCUGCCUGCUUCAAAGGCGCUGAGCAUGCUUGUACCGCCUCCGCCGCAGCAAUGGACAACUAAUUCAACCCCACCCUCUCCGGCCAGGCCCCGCCCCAUCUCCUCUCCUAACGCCCUUUCUCAAGCCCAGUCCCCUUCUCGCUACAAUUCAGUUUAAACUCCGCCUUUCUUUCACCCCAACGCCUAACCUCAUUAUAAAACUGCCCCACUCUGGCUCUACCUAAACUGCGCCUAUUAGCAUAAAUGACCUCCUUUCCCCCACAUCCAAGCCCUUACCCGGAAUUCCUCUUCCUGCUCCUCCCUUUACAAUCCGGUGACUUCCUAGUCAAAGGACCGCAUGCCUUUUUCCCUAAACCCACUGACACCCAAAUUAAACCUCUGAAGCUCAGUCCCCACGAGCCCCAAGCCCUCUCUAGGAGUAUACCCUUGGUCUCCUGGCCAGAACCCAUUUUCCCCUCCCGGGCGUGCCCCCCUCACUUGCCCGAACAUCCCUCUCCUCCUCCUCUGAUUUACUAAUACCCCUUUCCCAUCUUCUUACCUUCAUCCUCCACUUACCCCAGAUGGCCUCGAGAGGUGAGCCUCAGAGCAGAAUGGGACCCUGGGGCACCGGGGUUCAGGACCCUGACGUUCUCUCCUGCUCCCCACACCCUCGAGCUCAGGGAAAGGGCAGGUUCCCUUCCCCAGUUAUGGAUCCUUUUUUCCCACACCUCUCUCCUCGGUUCUGUCUUCCUUCCUCUCUGAGCACUUUCCCACUCCCCAGAACUGGACAGCUCCUGGGGGGAGGAGAGGAGGCCUGGAUCUCCCUGGGGCAGGGCCAGAGAGUUAUUUAUUUGUAUUUAUCUAUCUACCUAUCUAUUUAUUUAUUUAUUUAUUGUUCCCUCCGGAAGGGGAGUAUCCCUCCUUGGGGAAGGUGAGGCUCUCCAGCUGGACUGGGGGGACUGGCAAGGCUUCUUAGAGGGCGAGGCCCCGACUGAAAGGUCUUGAAGAUCCAGCUUGGGGUGGAAGGCACUUCUCUGUGCGCCGGAACCCGGGAUAUGGGAUGAAUUGGGGAAGGGAUCACUGCGGGAAGAUGAUCUACAGUACAACCCCAGCGUCUGCCCCAGAAAAGGUCCGUGGGCGCGCGCGCGCGCAAACAGUCACACAGCGCCAACCCCCUGAACCGUGGGGGUUGGUAGACUCCAAAAUUCUUCCCCUUACCCCAACCCACCCACCCACCUAAUCCAUGCUUUGCCCCGAGAGCGUCGGGCAGAGGAAAGACUUCAGGGGUUCAUGGGGCAGGUCCCCACUGCAAGUCCUCCAAGGAGCCCACCAGAAUUGUCCCUGCCUCUGACAAGUUCUACUUCGUAUUUGUUCUUUAUGCUGUUUCCGGAGGGAAGCGGAGUCUUCAGGGGACUGAGGGGAAAAAGGGAGGGGCAGAUCCUGGGGCCAAGAGAAGAGGCCACAGUUUCCCUAGUCCCUCACCCAUCCCACCUCAUAGCCCGUACACCUUUGAAAAUGAAGGGCAGGAGGCCGCCUUCCAAGUCUAUGCAACUUUCCCAACAGAGGGUCCCCUGAGACCCCGACAGGGGCCAGCCCCCAGCCAGGACCUCACUUCCUGCCUCCUACCUCCCCUGAUGGCGGCGUAGAAUGGCCGGUGCCCCCUCUCUUUAGAGCCACCGUGCCGACACCCUUUGCAUGCUUGCAGAGGUCUCACAAGCACACGGCCCCGCCCAGGGCCCUCUUCCCCUUCCCCUGCAGAGCCGCACACGCCUCCCUAGCGCAUGGGCCUCAUCCACGCUUUAAGCACACGUCUCGGUCCCACAUCUUCCCCCCUCACAAAGCUUCACACCCAGAAGGGGGUAGGGAAUUCCCCACCCAUUUCUUCCUCCCACCAAAACAGAGGGUGGGCUUCUCCAAAUGGAAGGGUUCAGCUCUCAAGUACUUGGGCUGGGGGUGGGGGAGCAGCGAGAGUUAUUGCAAACUAUUUUUCUCUCACGUCACAGCAGAUGGCAUUGGAAAGAGCCCCGGACAGGGAACCAAGAGACCUGGGUUCUAGUCACUGCUCUCUGCUGUGUGACCUUAGGCAAGUCACAUAACCUCUCCGGGCCUCAGUUUCCUCAUCUGUAAAAUGAGGGGGUCGGACUAGACAGCCUUUACUAUCCCUUCCAGCUCUGACAUUCUAUGAUUCUAGGCCCUUCCCUGUGAGGAGAGACUGGGGUGCAAGGCCUGGGAGGAGGGUAUUGUAGAAUCGAUUCCCAAUGUGUGUUUGUUUAUAUUGUAAAUAGGAACUUCCAACAGCAAUAAUUUUCCAUGCAUGUUCGGCUUUUUGGCCAGAUUUUGUACAAGCGCCUAGCGCUCCCCCUCCCCCAACCCCGCCCCUUCCCUGCGCGGGCCCCUACUUCCAGGCUCCUCUCGCCCAACCCCAGCCGGCAGUAUUACUUGUAAUGCAAUUCAGGGAUAAUAAAGAAACUUCAGCCACUUA